AGUGGUCCCCUGAACGCCAUGGCCGACUCGUUCAAUUUACCAUUGCGCCCCAUCCUCGAGAAGAAUGACCGCCCGGAUACUUUGCCUGUCGAGAUCGCUCAAAUCAAUAACCAGUGGGGUUCAUUUCGCGAUGUGAACGAAGAGGUUCUCCGAAACAAGAUCGCCGAAGAGAAAGACAAGGAUGAGCUGGAUGAGGAUAGUGAGAGUGAAGAUGUGACUGAUCUUGAUUCGACGGAGCGCUUGGAGCAAUUAUACAAGCGGCGUGCAGACAUCACCCAGUUCGCCAUGCAAGCUCAUAUGGAGACCAUGUUCGCCCUCGAUUUCGUCUCUCUGUUGCUCUCCAAGCAAGCCCCGCGCCAGGCCGAGACCUCCAUGUCGGCCUUCCUCAAGCAAGUCGCACCCCUAGGUUCGCUCAAUGCCGAGGUUGUGAACCCCCCACCGAAGCCAGAAUCAACAGCGAAAGAUAUUUCAGCGGUGUCGAGGGGAUGGCGGAUUCAAAACUUCAAUGGGGCCGCAAAUAAGCUUCUGCAGUCCGCCACCAGACUUGAAUCCGAAGUCGCGUCGGAGACUCGAUACUGGAAUGAGGUACUGGCUGUCAAAAACAAAGGAUGGAAGGUUUCUCGACUCCCUCGUGAAAGACAAGCGCUAGGUGUGCAAUAUGGAUUCCUUGAAGCUACACCAGUUUUUCGCGACCGCGGGCUUGCCUCCUUACGCCGAGCCGAAGAUGGUGGGUUGCUGCUGGACAAGGGACUCAUUCCCUCCAAAGCCCGUUACGUCCGGGUUCGAGUGGUACAAGAUGGCCGGAUUUCGGGUUAUUCUAAACCAAUUCAUCCCACGUUGAAUGGCGAGGACACAAUCGAAGGUCGUAUCUUACAAGCACGGGACACUGUCUUUGAAGAGGAACUCUACCAUGAGCUGGUGCGAGAAGCUCGGGCGAUCGCAAGCUUCGGCGUGACGACGCGUCAGAAUCUUAUCCAAAUCCCUGCCUCUGAUGAUCUUGAGAUCCUCCUGGACAUGGUGGACGUCGAUGGAAAUAACCUGCAGCCCGACCAGGGUAUCUCACAGCAAGGGAACUCACUUGCGGAGGGUUUGGCCCAUACGAUUCGAAUCCUGUUGGCGUAUGCUCACCGUCAAAACCUACAACGUCGGACUCUACUUCCACCACCCUUGGUUACAAAGAAGCGAUCGGUUCCUGAACAUCAGCUUCUUCGCCCAGCCUUAGCCUACAUUCAGCACAUGUCUCAUGUAAGGUGGCUCAAAUCAUUACUGAAUGAUCUCUUUGCUGUACUGCGGUCGGCAAACUUGAACCCCCAAGGUUACACCGCAGAGAUUUUCUCGACGGGACAGGGACAAAAUUCUCAUGCUCCGACCGUGGAAGCCCUUGUCGAAAACUUCUUGACUCCCUUCGAGUCUACUUUCAAGGGAGAAUUGUUGGCUCCUAAGGGUUCUUUCUCAAUCUCCAUUCGCACAAACCUUUCUUUGCCCCCCCAUGGCACCAACUUUGAUGUGUCAUUCGAUAUGCCCAAAUACCUAGACCUCAAGUCUCCCGGUCGCCUUUCUCAUAAAGACGAAGUUGAAGCCGCCAUCACCCAUUUGUUGCUAAUUGAUGUUGUCUUCGCCAUCUCCAACGAACCUUUCAAAACCAACCCCGAGAACCCAGAGAAACAAUUAUGGCAAGCAAUUUACCCUCAGCACGGCGAACUCCUGUUGUCAUCAGAUUCACUCAAGCGCAAGAAGAUGAAGAUUGCCUUUUCCCGCCAUGAAUUGUCUCUUGAAAUCUACACCGUGCGUUGUAUCGAUGGGACUGGGCGUGGACAAUUUGAAAAAUCUUCCCACGAUUCCAGUCCCCGUGUCUGGAAGCCUCUGACUACCUCUCCUCUGUCGUUGAUGGAUUAUGUCCGAGCCACUACACUGACCUGA